CUGUGCCAAGUGGGAUCUGCCCUAGCUACUGCCGGGGAGGGUGAUUCGGCGUCUUUUCCUCUUUGUCCCAUCACCAAGUCACUGGGUCUCCUCUGGGUUAUCCUGGAUUCUUCUUGCCUUCCUUUUCAUUUCGACUGCCUUAGAUUGCCGCUUGGAGGGUGGAGUCAAAUGUAAGGCAUGACGAUAGACAGCCCCGGAAGAGAAGACUUCCCCGAGAGGCGCAUUCAAGUCACAUGGAGGGGCGGGCUCACCGCAUUUCGACUCAGCCAAUCCCCGCCAUUCCCUGUACUCGGAAGCCCGCGAUCCUGGACCAUGUGACCAGAGCCCACGAACCCACGUGGGGGAGUCGCGCGUUGUGUUCUUUGUGUCUGGGGGCCAGGAUUCUGCUGCGAGGGGUAAUAGGGGGCUUGGGCCGAGGGGCAUUGUUUUGGGCGACCAGGAUGCCAAAGCGAGGGAAGAAGGAAGUGUCGGUGAAGGAUGGGCUCAGUGAGGAGGAGCCAGAGACUAAAGAGCCUAAGCCUAAGAAGACUAAGGGUGCAAAAGAGAAGGAGGCAAUAGGAGAAGCAUCUGCCAUGUAUGAGGACCCCCCAGACAAGCAAACCUCACCUAGUGGCAAACCUUCUACACUCAAGAUAUGUUCCUGGAAUGUGGAUGGGCUUCGGGCCUGGAUCAAGAAAAAGGGUCUAGAUUGGGUAAAGGAAGAAGCCCCUGAUAUCCUUUGUCUCCAAGAAACAAAAUGUUCAGAGAGCAAGCUACCACCUGAGCUUCAGGAUCUGCCUGGACUUACCUACCAGUACUGGUCCUCACCCACAGAUAAAGAAGGAUACAGUGGUGUUGGUCUCCUUUCCCGACAGCGCCCACUCAACGUCACCUUUGGCAUUGGUGAAGAAGAGCAUGAUCAGGAGGGCCGGGUGAUAGUGGCUGAGUUUGAGGCAUUUGUACUGGUUACGGCAUACGUGCCUAAUGCAGGCCGGGGGCUGGUUCGACUGGAGUACCGACAAAGAUGGGAUGAAGCAUUUCGAAAGUUUUUGAAGGGGCUAAAUGCCAAAAAGCCACUUGUGCUCUGUGGGGAUCUCAACGUGGCCCAUGAAGAGAUUGAUUUGCGCAAUCCCAAGGGGAACAAGAAAAAUGCUGGUUUUACCCCACAGGAACGUCAAGGUUUUGGGGAGUUGCUCCAGGCAGUGCCACUGACCGACAGUUUCCGUCAUCUCUAUCCAGAGGCAGCUUAUGCUUAUACUUUUUGGACCUACAUGAUGAACGCCAGAGCCAAGAAUGUUGGCUGGCGACUUGACUAUUUCUUGUUGUCUCAGUCCUUGCUCCCUGCCCUAUGUGAUAGUAAGAUCCGGUCCAAAGCCACUGGUAGUGACCACUGUCCCAUUACGCUCUUUCUGGCUUUGUAAUUCUUAUACAAUUUAAACUGGUUCUUCUGCAACCAGGAAGCCAGGACUGCUUCUUUUAUUUUGAGAAUGUUAUUGUUGACUACUUUUGAAGUAUCUAUUUGAAAAUAAAGAACCACAGAGUUCCA